ACGACGCUAUCGCAGCGCCAAACGGCGGGCCGCUCAGUCGUGGCUUGCAUACGUGUGUCCGAGUCUGACUUGUCCCUAGUGCCCCCCGGGAGCCCCACACGCAGCCCCCGCGCCACCCCCUGACCUGCGGAUUGGAUUAAUACGCCGCUGCUGCAUGCUGCCGCCCCGCCUGCAGGUACUGCGACUUUACAAAAUCAGGGGUGCAGUAGCACCGGCGCCCUAAUUGCCCGUCACCCCUUCGCUGAGCAUGCCAGGUGUGAAGGCCCCUCCGCCGCACCACCAGCAGCCCCCCAAGUGGGAUAAAAAGGCCAACAAGAAACAAAAAAAGUCGGAAAAGCGUUCGUCCUUCUCCUCUGACAUGAUGCCGUACAACCACUCGAACGGCUACUCUUCUGACCAGCACAGCCAAACGUCGGGCAACGAGGAUGGCUCGACGAGUCCGGCGUACGUGAUGGAGCACUUGGCCACCUUCACGGUGUCCAAGGAGACCGGGAUCGUGUACCCGGCGGACGGCAUGCGGCGGCUGCUGCAGCUGGAGAAGAGCAACGGCAUCUGGUCGCAGAAGAUGCAGAUGCGGCUCGAGCGCUCGUGGGUCAUGAUCAUGGACUACGAGUCCGGCGCCAUCAUGGAGAAGUUUCCGGUGGCGCUCAUCCAGGAGCCGACCGCCUUCACCAGCAACGACCCCAUGGAGAUGUACAACAACAUCCUCGUCUUCAUCGUUGGCGAGGAGGGAAGCCCGAGGAACGGCCGCUCGGAGAUGCACAUUUUCCAGUGCCAAAGCAUCUCAGGGCAGGACCUGGUGGAGGACCUGAAGCUGCUUAGGUCGGGAAAGAUGCCACCCCUGCGCCGCCAGAGCCACUUGCUGCCGCCCCCGCCGACCACGCCGCCCCCGGAGCCGCCCCUCAACGGGAUAAGCGUGCGUGAGCAGGUCAACGCGUUCAACGCCGCCUCUCACCUGCCUGAAGCGCACAACGAAUUGCGAGCGUCGUCUUCGCGGGACGGUGCCAUGUACAACCGCGAAGCCGGCUCGAUCAACGACGAGACGAGCUCGACGUCGAGCGAAAAGUACGAGCGAGACGUGACCAUCCUGAACCACUGCUUUGACGACAUCGAGAAGUUCAUCGCGCGGCUGCAACAUGCGGCUGCUGCCUCCAGGGAGCUCGAGCGGAGGCGCAAGAAUAGAAAGUCCAAGAAGAAGGACAUGGGCGACGGAAUGCUCUCAAUGAGGGCCAAGCCGCCCCCGGAAAUGGAGUUUGUCGACAUCUUCCAGAAGUUCAAACUCUCCUUCAACCUCCUCGCCAAGCUCAAGUCGCACAUCCACGACCCGAACGCGCCCGAGCUGGUGCACUUCCUGUUCACCCCGCUGGCGCUGAUCGUGGACGCGUCGCACGACUGCACGCACUACGGACCCAAUCUGCCCUCGAAGGUGGUGUCACCGCUGCUCACCAGAGAGGCGUACAAUUUGCUCAUCAACUGCGUCACCAGCAAGGAAACAGAGCUGUGGCACUCGCUCGGCGACGCUUGGCUUGUCCCUAAGGAUCAGUGGAAGGGUUACGUGGCGCCGUACCACCCAGUGUUCAUGGAUGGCUGGUCGCCCGACUUCCCAAUCAACGACGAGCGCGAGCACUCGGCCCUGGGCAGCGCCGUGGCGCUCGAGGCGAAAAGGACGCGCGGCGACGAGAUCAGGGCCGCGCAGCACGAGGCCGAGCUCAGGGAACAGUACUACCGCGACGACUCGCACUACAGCAGCGACUAUUUCGACCACGAGCGCCAGGGCUCGUCUCCGCACGACGCCAGGUACCAGGAGAACCGCAAUUACCGCCACGAGAGGUACAGCAGGGAGGAAAGAAGGUCACACACUCCGCCGUCGGAGCGAGACUUCCCGAACAGGGACAUCAGUUCCCGCAGCGACAUCUCCGCUGACUCGAUCGAGAGGAACGGUGGCGGUGGAGGCGGCGGUGGUGGAGGCGGUGGAGGCCUCAGCGAUCAGCAGCAGCGGUUUGAGCGCGCCCAGCAAGUCUGGCUGGACGAUCUGCGGUCGAGGAAUGUCAAGGUUGUGCAGGUCACCUACCCCAGGACGGCCAACAAUGACAAGGAGCUCACGGUCGUCAGGGGAGAAUACCUAGAGGUGCUGGACGACACACGCAAGUGGUGGAAGGCCCGAAACAGUCGUGGCCAGGUUGCCCACGUGCCACACACGAUCGUCACGCCGCACUUUGAUGGCCCGCCCGGCAGCGACGUCUUCAACAAUCCACUUUACGCCAGGGGAUUUGGACAGGAGUCGCCUCGCGAGAGUGUGUCGACGAACAACGAGAGGCCGGCGCGUUCACCGCCGCGCAUCGGCAAGAAAGGCCCGCCACCGCCGCGCCGCCGCUCGAGCAGCUCGUCCAGCUCGGACGACGAACGCGUGGUGAUCAGGAAGCCGCCGCCGCCGCCCCAGAAAAUGGCGACGCCACCACCCCGCGCGCCCUCUCCGGCGCCGCUGCCUCCGCCGCCCCCGAGCAUGCCACCUCCACCACCUAAAAAUAACGUGCAGCCGCGGCCUGUCCAACGCAGGUCGGACACCAUCAAAACCCAAGCGAGUCGUCCUGAGAUGAUGCAGGAGGAGCUGCAGAUGGUGCUGUCAGAGUGGCGUCAGCAGCGUCACCUGGACAUCAUGCGCACGCCAGAGGUGUUCAUCGACCAGCAGUCGACCCCUGAGGAGGUGCAGAUUUGGCUCAAGGAGAAGAGCUUCAGCGAUAAGAUCCAGAAGAAGUUCCUCUCCAUGAACGGCGACGACCUGUUCGCCCUGAAGAAGGAUCAGCUGAUCCUGUACUGCGGCAGGGACGAGGGCGCCAGGCUCAACUCGCAACUCAACCUCAUGAGAACCAUGUCAGGCUACAAAACGAGACGGUCGACCGAGCUGCGAGCGAUUUUGGCCCGCGCCAGACAGAAAGCAGAGGCGGGAAUCCCGCCAACCGACGACAGCAACAAUUCCUCCUCAGACGACGAUGAGGACGAAAGGGCCACCACCAACGGGCACUAACCCUUGAACCAAAUUUGCUCAUAUAUUUGUUCCAUAUUAUUGUACUAUUUUCAAGUCAUCGAGGAUGUGGGAUAGGCAAACAUAUAAAUAAGAGGCCAUUUAUUAUAAUGAUGCUAUUUAUCCUUAUUGCUAUUUUAUUACAAAAAUUCGGGUCCAUAAACACUAGUUAUCACACACAUUAUGAGAAUAAAGCUUUUACACCAUCCGACAGUAAACAUUUUGCAAUAAAAAAUGUAUUUAUGAUUUGAUUAAAUAUUUAUAAAGAAGUAGCUAGUUUGUAAUUGAAAUAAAAUUUUCCAAAUUUAUCUAUUGAA